AUGUUUGACAUUCCCGAGUCGGUUAAGAAAUUAUUUGAUACGUUCCCAUUGACUACUUACCCUGCUAUACCGAAAACGACUUCGGGAAACGAUGAAUUCAUAGAGGAAAAGAAGUUCUACUUUGAGAACGAAAAACAAAGUCAAAUCUCAACCAACGCAUCGUUCAGUUUAGGUGUUCACAACGUUGUGGAGUUCAAAGGUCAGGAUGGAAAGAGGAAGUACAUUCCUUCGGAUCCUGUUUCGUUGGGCCAGGCUUUGAUUCUAUGCCAUAAGAACAAAUUGAAACUCCCAACUACUAGUAGUACGAACAGAUCCUGCAACUCAAUAAUGAAAGUAUCAUUCCAUGCUUCGCCUGACAAGCAAUUGCCGAUCUUGAUAGAGGACGACAAACAGAGCAGAACCAUAAGAACAAUUUCAAGUAUUAUUGAAACUGUGGCAAAGUCAAAUUUCCAGAAGCAUCCCUAUUUAGACGCUGAGCUUUUGGUUCUAAACGAUUUCAUAGAUUUGAAGUUGUUUGACUUAUGGAUAUUGUGCCUUUUGAACGAAAACAUUGACCGUUUUGAUGAGAUCUUUGAUAUCGAUUCUAAACUUGAUUUGCUGUUUGUAGCCAAGAGUCUUGUUAUCAAUAAUAUCUACAGCGAAGUGGAACAUUGGAGAGCUUUCAGAACAAGAAACCCCAAUUUGUUUGACUACAUGGAACUACUAUUAUCUACAAAUUGA